AUGAAUAGGAAUAAACGGGUGAAUGUGAAGCCCUUGAGCUCACUGUUUCUGAUCUCGUAUUCAGAUGUGCGAUGCGAUGUCGAGCAUCUUCAGAAGUAUAAGAUCCACCUUUACAUUGAUAUACCCACAAUAGAUUACUACACAGAUGAGUUAACUGAGACCAAGCUCUCUAAACUAAAUAAGAAGCUAAAGUUGAGUAAACUUAAGCAUGAUAUAUGGAGGGCUUUCUAUAAUGGCGAUGAACAGUUUUGGGAUAGACUCAAAGAGAGUAAUCAUCAAGUUAAGGUCACAGUGGAUAUAUCAUCAUCGGGAUCGCUGCGGUACGUGCAAACUAUCAAGUUUCUGUUAGAAACUAUAUAUAACUCGCUCCGAGAAUUAGAAUAUGUGCAGUUACAGUUUCAUUUAGACUCGACACUGACCUCGUUGAAAUGGUUCAAGACGUUCUUGGAUCCUGAAUUAAUGAAUGCAGGUAUAAUCAAGUUUAACACAAUCAAACACACACCACAGCAAUCGGACAACACUAAGACCCCUUUCAAAGAAUAUUACAUGAGACUAAAUAAUAAAUUCAUGGAUAGCGAGAGGUAUUUUGAUAAGAAAGUAAUGGAAACUAUCGUUAUUGUAACAAAUCAGACUGGUGUUAAGGCGUUGUUGACUCUUCUAUCGGACAGACCACUAAACUCCUAUAUAUCGGAGGAAUCGAUGAAGGCACUGCAACACAUGAGUGCGUCAGCGACAAGAAAUAGAUCAUAUUCAGCAACAGUUCCUAAUCAUUCAUAUGAAACCGAUUUUAUCUCCCAUACACCUUUAAAAAGAGUCUCUUCUUCUAUAUUAAAUUUCCAAAACGAAUCAUUGCCAUUGAGUCAUGAAAAGGAAGCUCGGGUCAAAUCACCGAUAAGCUUUGCAACAUCACCAACUCUUACAAAUUCAAGAUCAUUUACACCUAUAGAUUUUCCAGGAGCUGAAUCUUAUAACAGCAGGGCAAUGUCACCAGAUGAUCUAGCAAUGGCGGACGCUUUGAGCGAUGAAUUUGAUGAAGAUGAGGAUAAUUAUGAUGAUGAAGAGUUCGAAGAAGAUGAUGAUAAUGACGAUGAUGAUAAUGAUCCAGAUGAAGGCUUAAGUUUCUUUGCUCCAAAUAUACUAUCACGUUCAGGGUCUGGAUUUAAUCUUUCAUCGAGGGCUCAGAACAAUAUUAACAACAAAUUGAAAUUGCCCGGGACAAGCAAAGGUCGGUUUAGAUCUUUGAGUUUAAUGGAUCCAGCCUUAAAUAGACCAUUUAUGCAGAAAGGUCUACAAAUGACUCCAGCUAAUACAGGUCUAACUGUAAAAGAUAAUAGAAAUGAACUAAGAUGUGCUUCACCACUAGCUUCUACAGUGACAAAGUUUGAAACAAAUUCGAAUAAUAAUAACGAGGAUACACACGAUGAUGAUAAUAACGAUUUGCAUACAAAAUUUACUAAUAUAUAUAUUCAUGAUGGCGAUUUUGAUGAAGUAGUUCUAGAUGAUUCUACUCAACAAAGGAUUUUACACAAUAAGAAGAAACUAAUGGAAAUACAUGGCGAGGAUACAGGAACAAGAAUAUCAAAUACCCCAAAUAGUUUAAUACCUCCUGAAUUUUAUUCCAGACUGUCUUCUCCUUCUACAAGUGCAAGUAGUUCCAAUACUUCACUGACGCAGCUAAAUACAUUAGUUACACCACAAUUUACAAAAUGGUUGAAUAAUGCUAAUUUAUUACAUAGUCAAGGAAAUGACAAACAGUCCCAAAUAAAAGGAGGAGCAAACUUAUUUGAGCAGAAGCUGGUUAAGAAAUCAAUGGAAGAUCUCAGGAAUGAACCAGCGAAGAAUUUCAUUAAUGGUUUGAUAAAUGGAGAUAUUGAUUCGACAGAAAAAAAUGCAUAUGCAUUAAAUUUCCGCAAUACUGCUAACUAUUCUCAACAUCAUUAUGAAGCUCUGGACGACGAGGAUCGAAUGAUGUCGGGUGUCACAGAAGACCAUGAUAACACAAGACAAAGUUCAGACCUAACUUUUGAGUCAUCAACUACAUCAGAAUCAGAAGAUGAAACAGCAACAACGGCGUCUGUCGCAACAAUCAAGCCAGAAAUGCCAUCAGCACAAUUAUUCGGACUUUCAAAUAGUCAUAAUUCUAGACUAUCACAAACAUCGAAGACAAGCUUGGAUCAAAUAAGACCUAGUUUUAGUUUUCAACUUUAUGAUGAUCUAGAAAAUAUUGACAAUCAAGUCAACGAACAAAUACAACAAAACCCAGAUAGCGAGCCUCCAAAAGCAUACAAAAAAGCUGUAUCCAUCGAUCUUUAUGGCGAUGAAGACCCAGACAAUAACGAUACAUGGUUAUUAGGAUGGAACAAUAAAUGA